AUGGCGGAUACCGACUACUACCACCGCGAUGCGGCGAGUCUCGCCGACGAAACGGGGAGAAUAGAUGUGGAUGAAUUGCUCAUCCUGCUUGAGCAGAAGGACAGCGAUCUCAGGAAGGCGGCGGAGCUCGGCAAGAUGCUCCUCGAUGAAAAGGAGGCAGCUGCCGAGGCCCACGAGGGGGAGAAGGAGGCGCUGUGGCGGCGCAUCCAGGACAUGGCAAGGAGAGUGAUGGAGCUUGAGCAGGAGGCCGCGGAAAGCCGCGACGAGUUUUCCCUUCAGCAGGACGAGCACGCGCGCCGCCUCGCCCUCGCCGGCGCGCAGAGGGGAGGCGGCGGCGGGAUCAACAGCAGUAGGCGCGUGUCCCAUGGCGGCGGCGGUGACCGCGCCGAGGAGAGGGCGCUGAGGGCCAAGAACGAGAUGCUGGAGAGGCAGCUGGCGCACAUGAGGGAGGAGGCGGAGGAGACCCAGCUCGAGCUCGCCGCUGCUAGAAAGAGUUCCCCCGCGCUUUCCGCCCGACUCGAGCGGGGGGACGGCAGCCUCAACGGGGGGGGGUUCGGCGCGGCGCCGCCGAGGCCGCUCAGCCCCGCAGGCUCCUCCUUCUCUCCCAGUCGCCUCCCCGAGGUGGUGGCGGCAGUCAGCGGCGGCGGCGGUGGCGGCGGCGUGGCUGGCACGCCCUUGACGCCUGGCAACGGCGACAAAGGGGAGGAGGAGGAAGAGGAGGAGGAGAACGAUGCGGAGGGUGGGGAGUCGGAGGUCUGGAAUGACGAGCUGCGCGCCGCCGACCGAGUUCACGCCUCUGCCUUGCGUGCGAGAAUCGAGGAGGCGGGGGAGUCUGACGACGAUGGUGAUGGUGAUGGUGAUAAUGAUGAUAUUGAUGAUGAGCAAGACGUGGCCUGGUUGCUGGAGCAGAACACCUGGCUCAUGCAGGAGCUCGAGGCAAAGGACGACUUCAUCCAGGCCCUGCGCGAACAGAUGGAGCAGCUGCAACGAGGGGGAGGGCAUGGGCCGGGGCCCUCUUCCUCCAUGCAGUCGCUGCGAGAGCUGGGGGGCAGCGACGACAGCGACGACGACAGUGACCAAGAAGGCGGUCAGCGGUCGUUCUUGGACCACCUCCUGCACGGGACCGGGGGCGGCGGCAGCAACGGGCAGCGGCCGGUCGAUGGUCAUCAUGAACCCACGAACCCCUCCGUCCCGACAACCGUCGUCUCCCGCAACGAGGGACGUCCGAGAGUGGUCACGACCAACGAUGAUGCACCUGCUGCUCCUGGUCUACGUGACGGCUGCGCCGCCGCCGGGGUGGGGCAAGCCACCGCCGCCGCCCCCGCCGCGCUCGAAGCUGCUGCUCCCAGGGGACGCCGAUCAUUUGGAGGGGUCCUGGCGGGAAACGCCAUGCAAGACGCCGACAAAACCGCACAAAACUCGGCUAGGAGCAGCAGGCGGCAGAGCAUGCAGUCGGCCGGAGGGGUGACCGGUAUCGUGGGGUACGCCGCCGCCGCCGCCGAGGUCGCCAGCGCUACCACCACCGCCGGUGCUUCUUCCACGACAAGAGUGGGAGCGAUGGCGACCGUACCACCGUUGCCUGAGGCGGAGGAGACGACAGCGGCCACCACGAAAGCGAAGCCGCCGACACCGGCGCCGCCGGCAGCGACGCUGCCCACGGUGGAAGCGGAGACGACGAAGGCGACAGGUAGGCAGAAAGCGAUGGCAAAGGUUAAGGCCAAGCAGCAGGAGGAAGAGGCGGCGGCGGCGGCGGCGGCGGCGGCGGCGGAGCCAGCGGCCCAGGAGGCUGUGCCGCCGCUCGCGCACAUGAACCGCGCCGAGCGGAAGAGCCGGCAGGCGGUGGAAAAGCUCGGGCUGCGCGCCGUGAAGGGGGUUUUCCGGAUGACCAUGCGGACGACAAACGGCGUCGUUUUCGUCGUGAAGGCGCCCGACGUGUUCAGGCACCCGCGACAGGAAACCUACGUGGUGUUUGGGUCGGCGGAAACGGACGGAUCCGGCAGCGAAGUUCGUGCUUCACGCCCACCCCGGAGUUUUGUCCCGCCGCCAAAGAAGGCCGCGGCGGUCGUGCCGGCUUCUCGUCCCGACCCGCUGGCUGUGGAGAGCGACUCCAUCUCGGCGGGACUGGAUCCCGCGGAUGUCCUGACCCUCGUCUCGCAAGUCGGUUGCGACUCCCAAGCGGCGAUCGUCGCCCUGCGGCAGGCGGACGGGGACGUGAUCAACGCCGUCCUGGACCUCACGUUUGCUUCUUCUGGUGGUGGUGGUGGUGGUGGUAGUGCUUCUUGUUCUUGGUGACGAAAAAAAACAAGGGCCAAGCACCUUGGGGAAGCCUGCUGCUGCUGCUGAUGUUCCGUGGGGGCGAACAAGAGAGCUGUUGUUUCGAUUUUCGUGCGGGUCUCGUAGCAGUGAUGGUCGAUGCCGUCUGCUGGCCACCUCACGGGCUCUGCUGGUGCUCCUGGUGCUCCUGGUGGGGAGUUUUAAGGCCCGAUCUUCAUGCCUCCGCCUUAGCACUAAUAGGUGGGGGUGGUGGCCAUGUGCUUUCCGGGACGCUGCCUGUUCGCACGCGACAACUGAGUCCGGCAUCUUCAGACCUCAACACGGCCAACGCGCCACCAGAGAUGACGGGCGGCCGCCGGCUGCUGCCGCUGAUGCACGGGUGGUGCCCUUGACCUUGUCCACCACGUAACGCCUCGGCAUCUUCGACAGAAGUCGUUAGCCCUCGGUCAACUGUAGGCAGCGAGCGGGCGUGGCGUUGCUGCUUCGUCGGAUGCGUACUUGACGGAUGAAAACACACGCAUGCACGCUUCACAUGUGUCCAAACUCCAUGUUUGUGAAAAAAGGAACCUUGAUACACUCCAUACGUAUCUACUUCUUUGUGAAAAGGGACCUUCAUGGAAGAUUUAAGGGUGGGGGGCGGAGGUAUAUAUGAUUCAUGUCGGGGGCAGAGGCCGGGGCGGGCGGCCUUGAAGCGCAAGACGUCGUGCAUCCAUGUUUUGGUGUUGUUGCUGCUUUGCGGAAGGCCCGCUAGUUGGGACUUCGCACCAUACCGAUAUGGAACUCUCGUGUGGGCGUUGGAGUAAUUUACAGUUUAGAGAUGACACAACAACCGAAAUAUCGCAACACCUGUAGACGUUUUGCUGUCUCCUGCUCGCGCCGCUAGGCCAGGGGCCGCCCGGAGCCGUGCAUCCGAAACAUGUGAGCGACGAGCUCCGUUUUUUUUUUUUUUCAGUUGUGUGGUCGUGUGGUUGUGCCACGGUGAGGGGUAGGUUGCCUCUUAGGUGGAAUUGGGAUUGUCGCAGGUAAAGCAGUGGCAUAGGGACGGCGAGAAUUCCGCUUUCGUUCUCUUGUAACACAUCGUACAUACUGUAACACAUAUAACGCAAAUGUAAACUGUUUUAGUUGUUUGUACUUAGCAAAGACAGGGAAGUUGGGUGUCAAAAUAUAAUAAUAUUGUUUGCUGUGUUGCUGGCGAAGCAGGGGGUGCGAUAGAGACAGAUACCAGUCUUCGAUUGGUCGAGUGGCACGCGCGUGCUCGAUUUUCCUCGCUCUGCGCACGCCGGCAGUUAGUUAGCUGUUGUUUCCUUGCAGCUGUUCGUCGUGACUUUUGUUUGUUUUUAUGCGUGGUGCGGAAAUAAAUUUUGUGCAGUCUAGGAGGCAAAGUGCUUUGUUACUCGUUUUUCUUCUCUUGUCUCUGUUGUCAAGUGUCGUACAAGUUACAUUGGUGGUAAUGCUGAACUGGACAGCAUCCGUACGGGAAGGAGAGGGAAAUGAACUAUCAAAAAUUGCCCAUUUACAGAAACAGCAGUCUUUAGGUUGCACAUUGAUGGAGAAGAUGUACUGCUCGUCGUGUUUUACUUGUGCUUUGUUUCCCGGCAUUUUUUAUUUGGAAAUGCAUUGCUACCUGGCCGCGUCGCGUAGAAAAGGACGUCGGAAAGGAGACGGUUGUGAUCGUUUGAUGAGGCACACCGAGUUAGGCGGCUAGUGAUUAAAUGCAGUUUUAUUUUUUUUGCGCAAAUUCGAAACGAUAUUGUCGAAUGCGAGACAACAACUCGACAGGGCAAGGAUGGUACAGC